AAGAUCAAGCCUCCAGAUCUCGAGGCUGUCCAGGACACCCUGAUGCCUCCCAUGGUGUCCAAACAAUGGGCCAGCAACCCAUCCCUGCAGCGGGGGGGCUUCUUUACUGACCUGGGCAAUUUUGUCCUUGAGCUUUCAAAGACUACAGCCAAGACCACUACUAAACCACCGCACCACCAGAGAACAAGAGAGGGCCAGGAAACAUAUCACUCCAGCCCAGGAACCUGUCCAAACCCCAGUAUGGCCCAGGAACCUGUCCAAACCCCAGUGUGGCCCAGGAACUAGUCCUAAAACCAGUGUGGCCCAGGAACCAGUCCCUACACCCAGUAUGGCCCAGGAACCAGUCCCUACACCCAGUAUGGCCCAGGAACCAGUCCCUACACCCAGUAUGGCCCAGGAACCAGUCCCUACACCCAGUAUGGCCCAGGAACCAGUACCUACACCCAGUAUGGCCCAGGAACCAGUCCCUACACCCAGUAUGGCCCAGGAACAAGUCCCUACACCCAGUAUGGCCCAGGAACCAGUCCCUACACCCAGUGUGGCCCAGGAACCAGUCCCUACACCCAGUGUGACCCAGCAGGAACCAGUCCCUACACCCAGUAUGACCCAGGAACCAGUCCCUACACCCAGUGUGACCCAGCAGGAACCAGUACCUACAACCAGUGUGACCCAGCAGGAACCAGUCCCUACACCCAGUAUGGCCCAGGAACCAGUCCCUACACCCAGUGUGGCCCAGGAACCAGUCCCUACACCCAGUGUGGCCCAGGAACCAGUCCCUACACCCAGUGUGGCCCAGGAACCAGUCCCUACACCCAGUGUGACCCAGCAGGAACCAGUCCCUACACCCAGUAUGGCCCAGGAACCAGUCCCUACACUUAGUGUGGCCUAGCAGGAACCAGUCCCUACAACCAGUGUGACCCAGGAACCAGUCCUAACGCCUAGUGUGGCCUAGCAAGAGAUCAGGUCUUACUGGUAGUGUGGGAUGAACAACACCAACCAGGUGAGAACCAGAGAGGCCAUCAUUCAGCCCCCAGAUGGAAGAUUGGCUCAGGACCCAACCAGGAACUGUUCCCACCUUUGGUUCAGGAAAUUGACCAUCCAGGUGGAAAUCAUCCCUAUGCUGGGUUAUUUUGUCAAAAGACUGACCAUCGCAAUAAGGCACCAACACCACGAGAGAACCAGGGAGGCCCUGGAAGCAAAUGGAACAAAUAAACUUCAUGAAAGACCUCUGGCCCAGGAACCUCUGGCCCAGGAACCUCUGGUCCGGGUGGAAGACAGUGGGUGGAAGGCUUCUUGGAAUUGCCUGCUGGGGGCCUGCCUGCUGGGGACCUUAUGUCUUCUGACGAUCACCCUCAAGAGACCUCUACAGACUGUCAAGAAUGCCCGGUGUCAGUCAAAGAGGAACAAAGACCAUUGAUGUCCUCCUUGUACUGUUGUCGUAAAUCAUGAUCAGAAUUUCUGACAAAAAAAUUGUAAUGAAUGCAGCUGGCUGUCGAAACUUUAGUCAAUUCAUUAAUAAAUGCAUUGCAUGGGAGCGAUAAAGUAUGUGACUUUUUUUUCUUUCUGACGUAAAAGUAUA